AUGACUCAGUUUGGCGAUAAAGCGCAUAACUUUUUACGUGCUCACGCUUUCACCUUCAUGAUAAUCAAUUAUUGUCUAUAUAUUAUCGUCGGUGCUGCUGUUCUUAUGAUACUGGAGCAACCCGAAGUGAAUUUGCUGGUUGAAGAGGUGCGUGACCUUAAAGCGCGUUUUUUGGCAGAUAACCCGUGUGUUGAUGAAAGCAGGUUGGAUCGAUUGUUACUGAAGGUGAUCGAGGCGAGUAAGCGCGGUGUGGCCGCAUUGAAAUCAGACAGCGAUGAAUGUAACUUCGACUUCACCUCGUCGCUGUUUUUCGCCACUACCUUUCUUACAACUACAGGCUAUGGUACCACCGUACCCCUUUCAGAUGAGGGUCGUUUGUUUUGUGUGUUGUACUGCCUCGUGGGCAUCCCUCUCACCAUGCUGUUGCUGUCCUGUCUUACACAUGCCCUUCUGCCCUGGGUAACACACACCCCUAUUCAGAACCUUCAAGUCUACUGGGGACUGUCUCAUAACCACGCUGCUUUGCUGCACUGCAGCGUACUCGGCUUUUGUACAGCAACACUGUUUUUUCUUCUACCUGCUGGUGCCGUCUGCCUGCUGGAGAAUGACUGGAGUUACUUGGAGUCGCUGUAUUUUUGUUUUAUCUCUCUUAGCACAAUUGGAUUUGGCGACUACCUACCUGGAAGGACCCAAAGCCAAGCAGCACAUCAGGGACUGGAGUUUGCCACUUCCUGUUACCUGAUGCUGGGGCUGGUUGUCUUGCUUGUUGUUCUGGAAAGUUUCUGGGAGCUGCAGCAGGUUCAAGCUGUUUUGCGGUUUUUCACUGGACCGAGGGAGGGUGAGCUGCUGGGAGCGGGUUUGGAUGAGCUUGUGCUCAGUGGAGAUCUGGCAGACCCAGAGGAGGAACCUCAAUACACCCUUCCUAUAUCCACCAUCUCCCCUGCAUUUUCAAACUCACCUGCCACCCCAACAAUAGAAUUGCUACCAGACCUUUACCCAAGCACAGAGGAAAAUCCAGACCCCAGCCCUGAUUUAUGUCAGUCCACUUCCACAGCAUAG